CAAGUUGAGAGAGGGCGCACAAUUCAGUCGCACAUGGAUAAGAUGCGAAGUUUGUCUCGCUGGUCAGCUUUUAUUAUGACAGAACCGUUUCGACUUUCUUUCGAGAUGGUAAAACUUGCGCCUCUCUUAACACACUAACAUAAUGAUUUUAAUAUUGUUAGCUCUGGUUUUUUCCACGUCUGCGGAAUAUUUUCGCCGUCCUGAAAUUAUAAAUAAGAAUUACAACUCGACAACUUUCGAUCUUAAAGGUGUUCAGUUAGGAUGCAAAGAAUUACGAUCGAAAAAAUACAUAUCCGACGGUUAUUGUACAUCUGCUAAACCAAUAACGGAAGUGGUAUGUGCAGGUGUGUGUCUACCCGUUGCAGACUUAUUUCGUUAUACGGAAAUCAUGCAAAUCAGACCUCGAACUUCGUUCGAGUGGAGAUGCAUCAACGAUGUUACUAAACGUGAACGCAUACAUUUGGUUUGUAGAAACGGUAAUAGAAGAAGUUAUAAGAUUCGUCUAGUUAAAUCAUGUAAAUGCAAGAAAUUUGCAAAAGUCGUAAAACAUUUUUCGUAAUAAAAUGAUGUUCCUAUUAUUAAUUAUUAUCAAGCUUAAUUUUUAUUAUGCAUGGGAUUGUUGCAAUGUGUUUUUAGGUAGAACUUGUGGAUAAUUUUAUUUAUUUAUACGCAGUUAUUAUUGUAAAAACUUUUUAAAAAUUAAAUGAAUAUAUAUUUUAAA